AUGGGACGGGAAAAACGGGCUAGCCGCCAGAGAAGAAGGGCUAGAUCCUUCACCUCUGAGGGGAACCCGCCGAUCUGGUCGCGGAAACAACUCAAGGGAGAACGCGCAGGGAGGAUAGGCGUCAAGAGUGGCGGCGAAAGAGGUAGCUGA